AUGAACACAUCUGCUGCUAUUUCCAAAAUCUUCUGGCCAUCACACUUGUGCUCACGCUAUCUUAGGACUGGAUUUAUCAUUGGAUGGAAUGUCAGAAGUUUUACAGCAUGUAUUGCAACUGUUGUUUCAGAUAUAGAUCUUAACCCCUUAGUUUCUGCACUCGGGUCCCUAACUGCUGAUCCUCAAAUUACAGCACUCAACAAAGCAUGUGGUGUCAAUCCUGUCGUUUUGGGCGUGGUCAUUGUCCCUUUUGCGGACGGUGUGGACGCAAAGACAGUAGCAGACAGCAACACCAGACUCCUUACCUCGCGAUCCUUAUUAGAACACAAACAAACAGCAAAUUUAUGGCUCACAAUUGAAAUCAAACCAACGUACAUACCAUCACUCGAAUCCUUACACUGCUGUGGCUUUCGCUAUACCAAUCUUAGUUCAGAAAUAAUUUUCUAUAAACAACCAGACCCACGGAGCUACCAGUUCUUAUCACUCGACCCGCUUAUACUCGAUAUCUCAAAAAUCAACGCAUCGGGUGCUUUAUUUGAUGCCGCGCUGAGCCCCAAGGCAGCUCAGGGUCGAACGAAGUCGGCAAAGAACCACUCCAGACCAUUCAUGUCAUCAAUGGGGAGAACAGUGACAGACGAUAUGAAUGUUACUUUGCAGCAGAUCAAUUCGUCGUACGAGAUGGAGCAGGCGGUGCAUGCCAAGGCCAAAAACCUACUUCGGCGACGAGCUAGGAGUCGGAGCAUGUCAGAAGCUGUUCGUGAAUCGGCUGUGGAUUUAACUAUCAAGGUCCGGUCCAAGCUCACAGUUGCAGUGACAACAUUGUGGCCCAUGAUCCAGCCAUUUACUAUCCGCCCCCUCAUGGUAAUAUUACUUAUAUUGAGAGCACUAGUAGAAGUUAGUCUCUGGGUCUUGAACUUGAGGUUUCCUUCCUGGGUAUUUAAUGGGAUCGCAGUCAAGGAUAUGACAACAACAGGACAGCAAAUCGACCUUCGGCUACAGCAGGCGUGCUUUUGGCCAUGGCAAUACUUUAUGGCAAAGAAAAAAGCUUGGACCAAUACCUCAAUUACCAGGGCUCAGUACAUUAGCUUUUAUAACAGCAUGUGGCUCGUCGCGAACGAUAUUAUCAUAGGAGUGGCUCUUGGCUCGUUUCUGAUUAGCAACAACAAAUACAUGGGAGAAGUAUUGCAGCGUUAUGUUAAGGAUUAUACUAUUGACUCUAUUUCAGCAGUUUUGGAAUGGCUUACCUCUGAAAAUGAAUACCCUGCCGGACUCAAAUUGAAUCCGGAACUCAAUCCCUUUCUAGGGCAACUCUUCAAAUGGCUUAUUGAGAUAUGGGCAGACUUCAUCAUCUCUCUUCAGCCUAUGGUCCCUGUAGUUAUCAAUAUGAUCGGUCUGUCUGGAGCAUUUGGUGCUACUAUGUCUCUUUCGCUCAUAUCUGAUCUCUUGGCAUUUACAACUAUCCAUAUCUACUGGUUUUAUAUGGUUGCUGCGCGCAUCUUUCAUUGGCAGCUAACGAUCCUAUACUCUUUGUUCAAUCUCUUCCGAGGCAAAAAGAGAAAUACACUUCGCCACCGAAUUGAUUCUUGCGACUAUGAUCUAGACCAGCUCUUACUUGGCACCAUCCUCUUUACAUUACUAACCUUUCUCUUUCCAACGAUUGUUGUUUACUAUUUGACGUUUGCGUUGAGUCGAGUUAUGGUCAUUUGCAUGCAAGCAACUAUGGAGACAGUUUUAGCUUGUUUGAAUCAUUUCCCAUUAUUUGCAAUUAUGCUUCGGCUUAAAGAUCCAGAUCGUUUACCUGGUGGGUUAAGACUGGAGGUGUGCCCCGAGAGGUUCUUCUUUGACAGAGCAACGCCGCUUAGAUGGGUUGUCAGUUCUUUUAGAUCUGUAUCUGUCGACAGUCCACAUCAGCAUCAAAACCAAAACCAGCAACAACACCAGCGGCGACAGCCUCUGGCACAGCACCAUCAAUAUCAGCAUCAACAGCAGCACCAACAGCAAUAUAACUCACUGGGCAGAAACAAUAUGGGGAUGAGUGGAUCUAGUCAACAUCGACAGCGACACUCCAAUCUUUAUUUUGAGCAGCCUCCUUCAUUCAGUCACCAUAUACAAUCACUAAGACAGCAACAUUUAGAACCGUACAAUGGAUUCUCAGAGUCCACCUCGACAGAGAUGCCGAUGGAGCAAGAAAAGAUACCUCGAUCUGUCAGUUACCUACUUCUAUCCAACUCCCCGCUACCAGCAUCGGCAAUUUUCUUUCAAUAUUCUGUCCUGUGGAAACGACUUUCCUCUCAUUAUUUCACGCUUCAUGUCCUAAAGUGUCUCCUAUCUGGCGAAACCAUUCGCUCUAUCCCGAGACUGCAAUACCCAAUGUUGCCAGAUACCCGAAGCCGAUUCACGCUUUAUGGUAUCAAACCUACUCUUGCACGGUUCUGGGCCUUUUGUGAAGAAAUAUUAAUGGAUCAAGGAGCCCUUAAGAAUAUGUAG